AUGACUCAGACGGUUAAUGACAUUAUGACUCAGACUAAUCAGACGGUUAAUUACAUUAUGACUCAGACUAAUCAGACGGUUAAUGACAUUAUGACUCAGACUAAUCAGACGGUUAAUGACAUUAUAACUCAGACUAAUCAGACGGUUAAUGACAUUAUGACUCAGACUAAUCAGACGGUUAAUGACAUUAUGACUCAGACUAAUCAGACGGUUAAUGACAUUAUAACUCAGACUAAUCAGACGGUUAAUGACAUUAUUACUCAGACUAAUCAGACGGUUAAUGACAUUAUGACUCAGACUAAUCAGACGGUUAAUGACAUUAUGACUCAGACUAAUCAGACGGUUAAUGACAUUAUAACUCAGACUAAUCAGACGGUUAAUUACAUUAUGACUCAGACGGUUAAUGACAUUAUGACUCAGACUAAUCAGACGGUUAAUGACAUUAUGACUCAGACUAAUCAGACGGUUAAUGACGUUAUAACUCAGACUAAUCAGAUGGUUAAUGACAUUAUGACUCAGACUAAUCAGACGGUUAAUGACAUUAUAACUCAGACUAAUCAGACGGUUAAUGACAUUAUGACUCAGACUAAUCAGACGGUUAUGUACAUUAGGACUCAGACUAAUCAGACGGUUUAAUGACAUUAUGACUCAGACUAAUCAGACGGUUAAUGACAUUAUGACUCAGACUACUCAGACGGUUAAUGACAUUAUGACUCAGACUAAUCAGACGGUUAAUGACAUUAUGACUCAGACUAAUCAGACGGUUAAUGACGUUAUAACUCAGACUAAUCAGACGGUUAAUGACAUUAUGACUCAGACUAAUCAGACGGUUAAUGACGUUAUAACUCAGACUAAUCAGACGGUUAAUGACAUUAUAACUCAGACUAAUCAGACGGUUAAUGACAUUAUGACUCAGACUAAUCAGACGGUUAAUGACAUUAUGACUCAGACUAAUCAGACGGUUAAUGACUUAUAA